AGAUCUGUACUGUUCUUUCUUCAUCGUCUUCGCUGAUUUAUCGGGUUGGAUCUUCGAAAAUUACUGGAGAAAAAUGGCAGCGAUUUACAGUCUUUACAUAAUCAACAAAUCUGGUGGUUUGAUAUUCUACAAGGAUUGUGGAACAAAGGGAAGAAUGGAUACGAAUGAUAGCUUGAGAGUAGCUAGUUUAUGGCAUUCAAUGCACGCCAUUUCUCAGCAGCUAUCACCUGUUAAUGGCUGUACUGGGAUUGAGCUUCUUGAAGCCGACACUUUUGAUCUACAUUGUUUCCAGUCUCUCCCUGGAACAAAGUUCUUUGUGGUUUGUGAACCUGGGACUCCUCACAUGGAGAGCCUCCUUAGAUACAUUUAUGAACUCUACACUGACUAUGUCUUGAAGAAUCCUUUCUAUGAGAUUGAAAUGCCUAUCCGUUGCGAGCUUUUCGACAUCAAUCUUACUCAAGCUGUACAGUCAGAUCGCGUUGCCUUGUUAGGACGAUGAGCCAGAGAUUGAUUGUCUGCUGUGGGAUCUCACCUCUUGGUCUUUCUUUUUUUGUGGUUUUCUUAUUCCGACGGGAUUUUGUGUGUGAUAAACAUCUGAACUUUGUAAGAGAACCUAAGUUUACAACUAUUAAGUUUCGUUCUCUUCCUUACA